GAGAUGGCACAGCCGCAGGCACCUGCUUCACCAAUCAGAGGACUUUCGGUACGUGAAGAUGCCAGUGGAUGUCCCGCACUGCAUCAAAAGGUCGGCAAAAACAAGUACAUUUGCUUGGCAAACUUCUUUUUCCGCAUCGAAGCCUUUGUAAAAUUUCCACUGAAAGUGCAUUCAAGAUAUAACGGUUAUAUAUUGUUCGUGCAACGUGUAGAUGGAGUUUCCAUGUAAGUACUAUAUUUUGUAUUAUAUUGUAAUGUGUGGCGGGCAGUGCUGCUGGGCAUGGCUAUGCAUAAUUGCCCAACGGCACCAUGUAAUAUAAAAAAUUAGAUCUCAUACAGCCAGGCAGGAAAAUGCCAUAUUUUACCUCUAUCCAAAAUUAGUAAUUACAAUAGAAUAAUAAUGGUCAAAAUAAAAUAGAUGCAUUGAGACCCUCCCAGGGGCCCAGGGCAAAUUUUAAAUUCAAAUUUUAAAUUUCCUAUUUUAUCCAAAAAAUGUUUUAGGGUGUGCUUUCAAAAUGACAAACAGCAGUUGAAUUAAGGUUCAAAAUUUUCUUUCGGACAAAUAUCUGUAAAGACUGUAAAUACACAGAUAAAACACUUUUUUGGACCAAUACCAAUAAAAUUGAGGUCUACAAUUGCCACACUUUGUGUCCUUGUAAAAGGAAAAUGUGUCCUUGUAAAUUGAAAAGUGUGUACUUGGGACAAUGUAGUUUGUAUUUAAAAUAAAGCCCAGAAAAUUCAUUCUUAGUCAUUUUCCCCAUGAGCAAUUUUGUUUGAAGUAUAAUCAUGUGUUUAUUGCCUGAUGAUAGCCGGAUAUAUAUUGCUGGUUUAUAUAUUCUGGUUUUUCUGUUUAUAUAACAUGUCAAGAAAUACCUGUAAAAUUACCAACGGCUUCAAUUAUUGCCCUAUAGGCGCGGUUUCUUGAUAAUGACAAUAUCCGCAGAAUUCGUGCUACAAAAAUCAGGACUCAGAAAAAAUCAGGACAAGAAAACAAAAAUCAGGACAAGAAUUGAGUUGAUCGACCUGACCCAAGGCCGGCGAGAGCCAACUAGGGGACAAAAUUACGAUUUGUGAACAUGGGCCCCUGUCCCUCUGAAAAUUGCUGAUGAUAACAAUUAUAUACGAACAUUUUAUCGAGAUUUCCGGGCCCCUCUGAGCACUCCGGGCCCCUCUGAGCACUCCGGGCCCCAGGUGUUUUGCCCCCCCCCCCCUCGCCAGCCUUGACCUGACCUUAUUUUAAUGACUGGACAUUCAAUUGCGCAGCCAAAAGCCUGUAGCUAAGUUUAAACGAAUGUUACAUGCGGAAUUGUUGCAUGGACAAAAGACCACUAUGACAAUUAUAAUCUUAAAUCUUAUAUGAUAUUUUAUUUAUUACAUUAAUUAUAAGUGUUUAUAGUUGUAAUAUAGUUUAUGAGGGCUACUAAUUUAUCACUAGCUCACGCUUACUGUCAUAUGUUAAUAUGUUAUUCUGCCACCCCACCCCCCCCUCCUCAGAGGCCAUGGAUGCAGUAUGUCAGUUCUUACAAUGCCAACAAAUGGCUACAAUAAUCACUCGAUUUAAAAGCAAUGGUUGAUAGCAAUUGUGGGCAUUGUGCAGCCAACAAUAUUUAAUAUUGAGUCACACUUUAAUAAAUGUUUUCCAUUAAUCAAUAUAAAUAAGCAUAUACAGCAACUAUUGAUGUCAAUUUAUUGCUUUUCAAAAUUUCACUCUACAAAAAUAUAUCAUCAAUAACAACGCCAAGAAAUAUAGUGUCUUUAACUUGCUUAAUUAUUUGUUCAUUUAUAGAAAUAGUUACAUUAUGUUUUUGUUUUUUCUUCGAUGAUCUAGCUAAAUAACAUAAAUUCAGUUUUCGCCGUGUUUAUAGAUAAUUUAUUUAUAUUCAGCCAAUCCGAUAUUUUAUUGAUUUCUAUUUGCAUUACUUCAUUAAGUGUUUUUAGACAGGUAUGACUAUAAAAUACAUUAGUAUCAAUAAUUGAUAAAAUAAUUGAUCAAUAGUUUGUCAUCAUCACUAAAACUAAUUGGUCUGAUACUUCCACUUUCAUGCCCUUACUAACUUGCAUAUAAUUCUGAUCUUUCUAUAUUAUCUAAUAUUGUUCGUACUGUAAAUGUCAUGCAUCACCACUAUUUUGAAUUGUGCUUUUAUCGACAAAUUGUUUAAGUUAACAAAAUAUUUGAGGAAGCUAUCAAGAGCAUAAGACUAAAAUUUUGUAAAUCAUGAUGCACACUUAAAAUUACACCACUUUUUUAGUAUUCUAGUGCAUUCAUUGCAGUCUGACUCCUUGUCGGCGCCUCUGCUCUAAUUAGGCACUAUAGUGGCCAUCACCCCUGUGAAAACAUUCAAAAUGACCAGAUUGGCUUGGACCUACAGGGAGACAAAUGUUUUGAUUGUUGCGAGGUGCCUACAUGAUAUGGUGGCGUUUAUACUAGAAUGCUGUUAAAAGUUAACUAACUCUCGAGUAAUGAUACGGUAAUUUUUUUUAUGAAGCUCAUCGAGGGGUUUACGGUAAUACGGGCUUGAGUGGACCUCUCAUAAGUGGGUGCAGAGGAGAGACACCUCAUUCAGGCAUUUUCUGAACUGCCACCACGUCAUGUAGGCUCCUCACAGCAAUCGAAACAUUCGUCCCCCUGAAGGUCCAAGCCAAUCUGGUCAUUUUGAAUGCCUUUCACAAGGGUAAUGGCCACUCCUUAGAGCAGAGAUAUCUUUUGAUAUCAAAAGCGCCGACAAGGAGUCAGACUGCAAUAAGUACACAAUUAAAUUAUACUAGAAUACUUUAUAGUUGUGUAAUUUUUAACAUUGAAAUUCAACUUUCAGGUAAAAUCCUCCGACACCCCCCACUCCCCAACUUCAGAUUGCAACUACACACAACUACGUCCCUGUACAAAUAAUAAUUUUGUUUGUUUUGCAUAGGGAAUGCUACGUAACUAUUGAUGAAAUUGAAACAGUGAAGAAAUUUAAAGCCGCGAUUAAUCGCACUUUUGCGGAAAGAGGUGGUGUUAUUUGGCAAGGCAUCACCGACCGUCAGCUAUCCAUCUACAUAAUGGAUAAGCUGAAAGAAUUUGUUGGGUCCGCCGAAAGCAAGAAAUAUCAUGGAUCGCUUAUAAUUGGGAGACAGCCGAACUACCGUAAGGUGGAUGCAAAUGGGGAAUUUGUCGACGAUCCAGAAAAUAAUCCAGGCAUUUCCAUGGAGGACAAUAAAAUUAAGCCAAAUGAUUUCGACACGGCUGUAUAUAUUUUCAACGAUCGAGUGCAGGUAUAUGUUUAGAUAUUUUAUAAAAUUAUAUUUUUAUUUCACAUACAAUAUAGUCAUGCAAGUAUAUUUCACUCGCAUUGCCAAGCUUAGGACUCAAGCUGGACCCAAUAAUUUUAGUCCCAUCUCGAGUUAUUGGCUAAUUUAGCAUCUCUCAUCGCCGCCAUUUUUGGGUGGCUUUUCAGCCGAAGACUGCAAAAUAAUAGGUCACACCUGAUGAGUGUGGCAAGCAUUGCUUGUCAUACAAAACAAUUUUGUAGUGAAUAAACCAGGUUUAUUUUAUCUUUAUUAGCUCUAUACUUCGGUCUAUCUAUAUCUAUAUAUAUAUAUAUAUAUAUAUAUCUAUAUUGGAGAUUGUAAAUUUACAAAUGCAUGUUUUAUAUUUCGAAUUUUAGAUGGAUCAUACUGGUCUAAUAGAAGAACCUAAACACAAAUAUAUGGUGCCACUUUUAAAAUCAAUGCCAGCAGCGAUGAGUGAUAAAUUUAUCAAUAAUUAUUUGGCAGAGAAUCCGGUCCAGAUUGAAGUUCCUUUGUUACCGUUCAAUUGGAAAAUGAUCAUUGGUCAGGCAAAGUCCUUUUUCUCUGUCAAUUUCCUACCCUUUCUGAUGUUCACUUGUGGAGGAAUAGCUGCUUUCCACUUUGCACAGAUUGUAAACAGAAUUGGUAAGAAUAAGCAACAAUGUCACUUAGCGCUUGGCCAUUUAUGUUCACGAAUUUUAAAAAUACAAAAAUUAUGUACAAAAUUGAAAUACAAAGUAUUUCCGAAAUUGCUCCAUUAAUAUUUUAUAAGAAAGGUAUACUAGUCUAAUAUGAUUAAAUUAGUUACUGUAUAAUUAUGUAGAUUAAUAUAGAAAUAAAGAAAAAAGUUAACAUUUUAGAAACGAUCUAGAAAUUAAUGGUAGUGGCAUAAUUAUUUAAUUUUCUACUUUUUAUUUAGGUUGCUGUCCUGUAGCAACUGCUAUAGGAGAAAUAUCCAGUGGCAAGUCUACGGCGCUAGACGUUAUUAGCAAGAUGUUAGGCUUACAUGUUGUGUCGCAAUCGUCUGGAGAAUAUGUCUGCUCGUCUCUAACUAAGAGUACAGUACCACUGAGCUGGGACGACCCGUCACAUGCAAGCCUCGUGAACAAGCCUUUGAUGUCAGUAUUCAACGGCCAUGGCCAACAAACCAUGGGGCGAGGAAAUGAGAAACCAGUCACUUCUUUCCUCCUUACAAUCAAUUUUAAGAUGGACGACGACAUGAGGUGAAAUUACAGGGUUUUAUCGAUUUUGGCAGCAAUAUUUAGCAAUAUUUUUUCCCUAGUUUAUUUAUAAGUAGAGUUACUAAUUCAAUUAACUAAAUAAGGUUAUAAGGUAUAAUACUUAUAUAGGCACAGUUAAGCAUUUUAGGAAAAUUGAUAUAUAUAUAUAUAUAUAUAUAUAUAUAUAUCCCGUUUUAAUAAGAUAGACGACGAUAUCUAUAUCCCUUUCUAAUAUCUAAUAGAUCAUUUGAAAGGACAACCCCUAUAUGGUUUGCAAAAUUAGUAAAUGGUGAGAAUGAUGGAAAAGAGAAGUUUUUAAAAGCUCGAAAAGUUAUUCUGGAAAUGGCCUCGACUAAUUGCAUCCUGGACAUAAUCAACCUUGGAAGAAGAAUCACUACCACAAAUCUGGCGGAGCAUCAAAGCUUCUUCCAAGACAAGCUCGCAGGCCUUUCCCCACGUCUUCCACAGAUCUAUUCUGUUUACAGGCUAAUCGCAUUUGAGGUACGUACUUUUUUUGUAAUUUUUCCUUGUGAUAGUUAUUUAAUGGUAAGGAACUUGUGACCUAGUACGCGAAUUUUUUGUUUUAAUAAUAAGGUUAUCCUAUCGGCAAUUUAUGAUUCCCCUUACUGCAUUUUCGUAGCGCUUUGAAUUGUGCUUAUAGUGGUAUCACUGAUAUUCAAUAUGGCUUAUUUUUUGUCCUGACCCGUGCAAGAACUUUUAAAAAUAGCUAAGGUAAAGUUAGCCUUUACAAAGUCCGCGGUUCGUGGUUCCUGGAAGCGACGGACUUUUGUCACCCGCAAGCGCGCCAAAUUCACCGGUGCAUUUUUGCUCCGGUGACGUCAGUGAAUGCUCAUUAUUAUUCUUAAUAUUCUGUACUAACGACACCAUUUUGUGAAUUUAAGAUCUUAAAGGUUUUUAAACCUUGAAUGAUAGAAGAUAAAUUUUUUUAAGUGGUUUUAUAAACGCUUCGUCAUGACAAUAAUAAUUAACUAGUGAAAUCGGCAUGGUGAACGCCAACUAUGUCAUUUUCGCGCCAAAUUUUUCAGUAAGAUUCAAAAUCAGGCAAGUGACACAAGUCGCUCGCUUCCGUCUUUCUCAAGCGCUCCCUUCUUGCUACGUGCGUCCCUAGCGAGCGACUUGGACAAGUCUAAGGUAAGGUGCAUGAUAGCCAACAACAAAAUAUUCGUGAAAACAUUCAAUAUUUUUAUUCGAGGCCGCUAUUUUUAUUAGUGAUACCACUAUAACCACAAUAACGUAUGAUUUAUGUAUUAAGCGCAAUGACAGGGCUAUACGAUUCCAUAUAGCAAUACAUAAAUCAUCAGUUUUUCAAUACUCUACACAUCAUGUACUUAUCGUGAAAACUAUCUUGUUUACAGAUUGCAAAACUGGUGGACGAUGACACCAUUUUAUCAACGACAAAUGUCGACACCUACUUGGAAGCGAUUUUUUUACCGUUCGUUAUGUCGAUGUACACUGGGUCAACAAAGGCUCAUACAUCUUUCAACGAUUUUGUCAAAUUGCUUGUUCAAGCCAUUGCCAAGUUAGGAUUAAAAAAGGACAAGGUGCGCCAGUUUAUUGGGUAUAUUUAAUAAAUUGUAACAUAGUUUGAGGGAACACAUCAAGUUAAAUUUAUGUAACUCGUCUAGCGCAACGAAAUGCAAACCGUUAGAGACGACAAAGAACUCUUCUGGAAGCGAUAAUUGCAUCGUGGAGUAGGUGGCACUAACUUUUUUAAAACAUUAUACCGCUUUAGCUAACAGGAUGGUUUAAGCCACUGUUGAAGGGAAAGAAAGAGAGAAUCGAUUACUUGGCGUUCGUUCUACCAACAGCGAUCGACGUCAUAAAACGAGCUGGUUUCGACAAGCCUGGUUGGAAAAACAUUCGAGAACUGGCACGAAGUAUGGAACAUGCGGAUGUCAACCACAAAUGUCGUUUUGGUGGAAUGGCAAAGACGGGAAAGGAAUCAUGCUUAAAGAUCCCCAGAAGAGUUCUUCCUAAAGAAUGCAUUGAUGAAAUUGACAAAGGUACAAAUUGCAUAAUUUUAAGGUGGUUUUCGUCGAGUGACUAUAGUCAUGGGUGAUGGUGGGUGGCGGGGGGAGGGGGGGGGUUGAAAGGCCAUUAUUAAAUACGCCCUUUUGAUAAAUUACUUACAAACACUUUUUUGGCAUUGAAACUUCAAUGGCGUAAAGCAAUUGUCUCACGAAUCUCGAGAGCAAGGUUUCUCAUAUUAUCACCAGGAAUUAAAGACCUAUAGGUAAAAUGAAGUCACUCCUGCAUGUGGAAACACGCACAAGAGGAUGUACAAUAUUUCGAUCGAACUAUAAGUGGCAAGUGUGACUGUCAAGUGGCAUUGCGACUGUCUUUAACUCCUGGUAAUAAUGUAAUGGUUCGCUUGCUACUCUGGUUUAAACAAAUGAUUACAAAGCCCAUUACUCUCUCGAUUCGUGGGUCAAUUGCUUUACGUCAUUGAAGCUUCAAUGCCAAAAAAGUGUUGUUAAGUAAUUUAUCGAAAGGGCGUAUUUAAUAAUGGCCUUUCACAUCCCCAUGACUAGUCAAUCGACGAAAACCUCCUUCUUAAAAUUAUGACCAGCUCUCCAUCCCCAGAUUGCCAUACGAGGUUGCCUCUUUUCGUGAUAUGAUAUGUCUGUAUUAAACAUUAUUGUACAUCUAUUAAAAAAAUUAAUGCUUGCUUAUAUGUGGUAUUUGAAUUGAGAAACAACGACGACGGAGAAACUGAUGACGACCUGGUUGAAGGGAGUUUGGAGGAUGGUAAAUCUGACAGCUGCAACAAUUGUGGCCGUUAUUUAGACAACAUGACCGAGAUGGAAGAACGAUUUGACGCCAGGACACACAAGCUUGAGGAAACGCAUUACCAAGAACUUCAAGAGUUAAGGAAGAGCCACAACGAGGAAGUCGCUGCGCUGAGAAAUGAUAAUGCGGGAUUAAAGAAAAAAAUCGUGGAACAAGAGAACAGUGAGAAGGAAAUGAAACGCCAAAUAGAAUUUCUAUCGGGUAUGCUGCGUCAAGCAGAAGCCAGAAGAGAAGAAGACGCGAGGGCAUCACAAAGGAUGUCAGAUGAGCAUCAUGGAAGCUCAGUAACAAUGUCUGUAGCUAAGAUUGUCGGUAAGAAUCCAUUUCUAUUUUCCAGUCCGACGUAACAAAUGCUUCUCUGGUAUCUGUUUCUGGUCUCUUCAUAUUAUAUGUAGUUCAUACUAUUAUACUGUAGUUUUCACUACAAAGAUGAUGAAAAUAUCUUGCUUGUGCUUUUGAUUAGUAGGACAAAAGACCUUUGGUCAAGACCUCGAAAACGAUUUUUAUUUAUUCUUACUGGCUUGCGUGUUCCACAUUAUUUAGGCCCGCGCUAGAAUUUAAACUUGACAGAGUCGAGCAAGAAGACUCUAGGCGUAGGGAUAUUUAUUGGUAGUAUGUGUGAGUGUGCUAAUUAUUCUUUCUCGCAGCUGAGAAAGAGCUAUUGCGAAGGGCACAGCUCAAACGUGACCAAGGCUUGUAAGGCGCACAUUGCGCAGCCACCUAAUUAAUGCUCGCCAUCACGGAGCACAGCUACGGUGGAGUCGACUAAGCGAGCCAUUAACUUUUAAUACUGACCGACGUUUCCCAUGAUGCAAGAGAAAAUUUACUUUUCUAGCGUGUAAAUAUUGUCAGAAUCCAGCCAGUUCCUGGUCCAGUAAAUGUUUCUGGUUAUGAACUUAUGACAUAGCCAUAAGUGUGAAUAACCCGCUGCUGACUAGUUUUGGCUUAGUUUGAAAACAUUAAAAAUACGUAAAAGCGGCGGCCUCGGUUUGCCUGUUCGAGCUGUAACUAGUAACUCAAGAAAAAGUUACGGAGGGUCGAGUUACUAAAGUUCAUUUCAAUCAUACGAGGAUUAAAUUUAUGUAUAUUAUUUUAACUCAACGGUACUGCAAUUUCAAAUUGUAGCGUCAAUAUCCGCAACGAUAAAACAUAUAUAUAAUUGAAGUCUUGGGGUCGCAGGAUUAAGAAUGUACCAGCUAAAAAUAUUCACCCAAAUCUAGACCAAAUAUUUUAAAUGUAUGUUGUGUUACAACUAUUUGACAUGCCUAAUUUUUUAAUAAAUUAUUUCAAUUUCUUACGCCAGUAUCUGAAAGUGACAUGGAAAAAAAUGAAGGAUGUGAAGAGAGAAGCCUCAAUGAUUCAGGUAUAUAUGUCUGCGAAAAUUUCUAAACAAUAGAACCAUGCUCCGGUGGUACCAUCUCAUAAUGUGCGUUUUCACAUUAAUCAUUAUAAAACAAGUGACUACUUUCUCCCAGGUUUGGGGCAGGAAUUGAUGACGAGUACCAGUGGGACAGCAGAGACAGCAGGUAAGAAACUUUCUUGUUAUGAAAGUCACAUGAAAGCAUAUCAACAAAAACUGUAA